UUUCCUCACCGCGUUCGUCCAUUCCCGGACAUCUCGAGUCACUCAUCCCCCAAUGUAGUUUCAAAAUGUGUAAUCUUCCCAUAUAAUAAUUUAACCUUGAACUUUUAAUUAAUCCCCAAAAAAACUACUCUUCGUCAAUCAACAAUUUAUUUAUUAAACCCACUCUAAUGUGUAGAUAUUCCAUUUUAAAAGCAAUCCGCGUGCUUUUGAACGUACUUAGUCUAUCGUUUUGUUUAUCCGUCUUCCAUAUUUAUUUAAUUUUGAUUAAAUUAUUAAACAUGAUUUUCGUGUGUGUAACCGCGGGACUUCUCUAUCUCGCGUCAAAAUACCGAGAGAAUGUUCUCCGGAGUGUAAAAAGCCUCUGUCAUAGUAUAACCAGUCCCCCAGAGGAUGAGGACUUGAAAAAUCAAAAGAAAUGUAUUCUUCCACUCAGUAAAAUUAUAUUGGCAGAUUCACCAGAGAAAUGCGACUACGCUGUACAACGUAUUCGAAGAAAUUUAUGCCACGGUGUUCUCGGUUUCGAUUGCGAAUGGGUGAACGAGGGCCGAGUAUCUCUUCUACAACUGGCCACUUAUAAUGGAGUCUGUGCUUUAUUCAGACUUGGAAAAAUAGGAUAUGUUCCUGCUAAGCUGAAGGAAUUACUGUCAAACGACUGUAUAUUGAAAGUUGGGGUUGCUCCAUUUGAGGAUGGAAGAAAGCUAACGAAUGAUUAUGGAUGCCGAGUAUUUGGAACUGUUGAUCUUCGAACACUGGCCGAUGACCUCGGUAUACCCAGUAGAAAGAGUCUAGCUGCACUGUGCAUGCAGUAUCUGGGGACUGAAUUAGAGAAAAUUAUCGAAGUGAGAUGCGGUAAUUGGGAUGCCGAUGACUUGACUGAGGAGCAAAUAUCUUAUGCUGCUUAUGAUGCGGUCGCGUCUGUUCUCAUUUAUCGAGAGAUGCAAAGAACAGUAAAACGAAAGCGUUCGAUCUUCCGUAAUUUUCUGCUCUUCAUAAAGAGUCUCUAUCACCGCCGGUAUAACCAAGCCCCUCCUUACAUCCACGAGGUCUCCCCUGAGGUGGUGGAUAUAAAAUAUCGCGGGUCCCCGGAACCGUCAACCCCAGAGGCCAACAACAACAACAACCUCACGAAGAACAAGAAUUCUCCACUGCCGAAUCCCCAGAAGAUCAGCAGCAUUCCCACGAGGAAAGAGCCCCUCUAUCACAAUUGCUACCUCCAAGCACCAGACGGUGAGACCCUGUGUACAUGCGACCGAAAAAAGGCCGAGUGGUACGUGACGAAGGGCCUAGGUGUCACAGUUAAUGAUGCACCCCUCACAGUGAGACUGAAUUUCGAGCCAUCGGGCAGAGCACUAGGUCAAGUUGGUCAGUACUACACGCAGGUCAAAGUAAAUCAGUGCGUGGUGUGCGGUGCCCAGGACAAAUUCAUAAAGAAGAAUGUUGUCCCCAGGGAGUACAGAAAGUACUUUCCCCUCGUGAUGAAGGCCCACCAGUCACACGACGUUCUACUUCUAUGCCCCACGUGCCACGAGAUCAGCAAUCGACACGACUUAGAUCUGAGGAGACAUCUGUCAUCCGUAUGUGACGCUCCCCUGUCCAGAUCACUGCCACCAACGAAAAACGAUCAUCAUCAGAGACGACUUAUGUCUGCUGUCAAGGCCCUCAGGGAUCAAUCAUCACCUCUACCACCUCAGCGGAGAAAAGAACUCGAGAAUCGUGUCAGGGAGUACACGUCAGCAGAUUCUCCCAUUCCCCAGGAUCAAAGACCUAUCAAUGAGACUUUUGAGGUCACGGGGCCAAUCUCUUCGUCCCCUGUGCAACCCAAAGUUAUUCCACAUGGACUCAAAGUUGUCGAGUAUUUUACCAACUCCCAGAGUGGACUCGUCACCCUCGAGAGAAUGUGGAGGGAACACUUUCUCACGAACAUGAGACCAAAGUUUUUACCAAAACUGUGGUCUGUACGUCAUAAUCAAGAGAGACUGGAGAUCAGACAGACACAGAAUAGAAUCGAGCCACAGGAUGCCAAAGUUGCUGGUCUCACCAGGUGAAUUGUGGAAUUUCAUUUCUUUUUUUUUUUUUGUUAAUUUAUUUGUGAGUGAGGAACAGAUUUUCUAAUUGUAUUAGAAUGAAUUCUAGAUUUAUAUCGCGGAGGAUCGUUUGCCAGCGAGGCCUCUUUCUCUUUCAAUCUUCAUUAAGAAUAAUAUUUAAAGAGUAAUGAUAAUUAGUUGGUAAUUAGGUGAAUUUAAAUUUAUAAAUUUGUGAAAGUAUAAAAUUAUGUAAAUAAUAGAUCGAGAAAAUUUAAGAGCGACUGAUAAAUUCGAUGUGUAAAACA